UGCUCGCCUCGCUCAUGUCGGGCCGCACGCGCCACUCGGACACACCGCUGGCCGAGCUGCUGGCCGACACCGUGCAGCGCGAGCUGACCGUCAGCUCUGCUGACGGACUCUGUCCCGUCUGCGCCACGCUCGUCAACCAGUGCGACAAACCCAGUCCGCUGCAAGCGUCGGCGUCGCAACACCUCCGCAACAUCGUAGCGGCGCGGCUGGGAGAGACAGGCCACGGCCGCGGCGUCUCCAGGCGCAAACGAGGCCGGCCGCUGGCGAAGAAGGAGCCGGCCUACCCGAGUCCGUGGGCCAACUUCGGCACGGACGUGGUGCAGGAGGAGUGGACGCCGGUGCUGGACGUGCGCCACGGCAGCAGCCGUCCGCGCCCGCCGCGCACCUGGGCCUCGGACGACGAGCAGGAGCCGUCGCUGGAGCAGCUGACAGACCUGACCGUGCCGUCCGAGACCAAGCGGUCGGCGCGCAUCGCCAUCAGGCGCAACGCCUACGUGGCGACGGCUGUGCACGCCACGAGCCGGCCUCCCCGGGUCAUCGUCAUCCCUGACAUGCAAGCCAAGUACCGGGCGGAUCCGAACCGGCCUCCGCGGCGCACCUACCACCGCUCGGAGCGGGGCAAGGCCAAGGGACGCCGCGGCCGGCCCAAGCUGCCCAACCCGCCCGAGAACCAGCCGAUCCAAGUUGUAGAGGUGUCUUCAGACAAGCCGCCAGGCAUGGAUGGCGACGGCGCCCCGGACCAGGAGCGGGUCCCAGAGGAACACCCGCCCGCCGCGUCGCAGGCCGACCAGGAGACGGGACCGGUCCACACGGACGCCGCAGAGGCGAACGACGAUAGCGGCGACGACGAGGACGGGCCACCACGGACGGCUGACCCGGACUGUCCGUGCAUCAUGUGCGCGGAGCUGACAGCGGAGCAGCGGCAGCAGCUGGCUGCGGCCACCGAGUUCAGUGUCGUCUACGUCUGCCAGAUCUGCCACCAAGAGAUGACGGGCCGCAGCAAGUUCCGGGAGCACGAGCGGCGCUGCAAACUGCGACGGCUGAAUCCCAGGCGGAUACGCAUCGUGCACGAGUGCAGCACGUGCAAGCACACGUUCAAGUCGGCUCGGCUGCGCGACGAGCACUACACGCGCACGGGCCACGAGAAGCGCAGUCCAUGCCCCGUGUGCCAGCGCUUCUUCCACCCGGACUUCCUGCGCAUCCACCUCAACAGCCACAGCGGCGCCUUUCGUUGCAAGGUGUGCGACACGCACUUCAGCUCGCAGGCCACGCUGCGCGGCCACAUGUACCGCCACAGCGGCCUGAAGCCGCACAAGUGCGACGUGUGCGGCGUCGCCUUCCGCACGCCCUCCUCCCUCUUCAUGCACAAGCGUUACCACCACUCCACCGAGCGGCCGUACACGUGCAACUUCUGCCCGAAGGGCUUCGCGGCGCGUUCCACGCUGCGAAUUCACCUGCGUCAGCACACGGGAGAGCGGCCGUUCGUCUGCAAGCUGUGCGGCAAGUCGUACACGCGCAAGAGCUCGCUGACGCAGCACCUGCGCUCGCACACGCAGGAGCGCCGCCACGUGUGCAUGACCUGCGGCAAGCGGUUCGACAACAAGACCUACCUGACAGUGCACAUGAACCGGCAUUUGGGGGUGCGGGCGCACCGCUGCGAGCGCUGCGACCGCGGCUUCUUCAGUCGACCGAACCUGCUCAAGCACAUGCAGGUGAUCUGCUACAAGAACGACUACGGGCAGCGGCCGGCGGCCGGCGCGCGGCAGAUGCACAUGCAGGCGCCGGCGGCCGACGGGGAGGACAUCCAGACGACCGAGGUGAUCCUGGCGAUCGAGAGCAUUCCCGACGGCGAUCAGCUGCUGGUGGGGCACCUGGAGUCCUGAGGGGGUGCCGCGAUGGGUGGCUCACCGGCCACCUCAUCCGCUCACCUGGCGCGGCGCGCUUUCGGGACGGGAGGUCGUGGUCUCGUCGGAUGUCCCUGCCGUGCUUGUAGCGUUGGCGAUGUUAUGUGAGCUGAGCGUUUUUCCUGGUUUAUUGGCGCCGUAUGCGGGGGGGGGGGGGGCGGUGCAGCGCAUGCAACUUUAAUCCGCGUGG